AAAAAGUCUGAAAAAUUAAAAAUUUAAAAGGAAAACAAAACAACAAACCCUAAAUCCAACUAUUGCUUGUUGUAUGGUUUAUGUAAUUAUGUUGUGUUUUAGUGAUAGAGUAACCCUUUACCCAAAAAGAAAAAAAAGAAAAAACACAAGAAACCGAGCCAUCUAUCCUCUCACGGUCUCAGCCACCCAACCCCGCCAACUGCCCCAGCCACCGGCGGCAAUCCCUAUCCUCUCCACAACUGGAAAGCUCCGAAGCGAUGAAUUCGAGGGAUUAGGAACUGGGAUUUCGUUAUCGUUUUCUCUUUCCAACUCCGAGUUAGUUUCUCAGGGACACGGAAUUCUUGGAGCUCCAAAUGACAACACGAGAGCACAUUCCGUAAUCACACACACAUAAUGAGCCUUCAAUUCCUCACCCAACCAACCCAAAAAUGCUCCUACAAAACCCCCCACGUCCACGUCCACGCCCAUGCCCAUACCCACACCCACAUCCCUCCUCCUCCAUCCGCAUCCACACCAAUCAAUUUCAAAUUCACAUCCCUCAUCAUCUACCUCCAAUCUCUCUCUCCUCCCAUAAUUCCAAAACCAGAACCAGAACCAGAAGAAAGCCCAACAUUACUAGUUGCACCCACUCCCGCAUUUCUUCAUCUGGGUCGCCGCCUUCUCCAUCUGGGCCUUCUUCCUUCUCAUCUGGGUCUUCUUCUUUCUCAUCUGGGUUUUCUUCUAAGAUGGCGGCAACUGUGGCGGUUGAUCCGUACGUUCUCUGGACCUUCUUCGCCUCCCUCUUAGGUUUUCUGGCUCUCUCUGUUCUCCGUCGCCGGAAUUCCGACCACGCCAAGAGCAAUGCUCAGAAGAACAAGAGUAAUACGACGAUCGUUCAGGAUAAAAGCAUCAACAGCUCUGACGACGGAGAAUUCCCCCCAAUUCACGGCUCCGGCACCGAUGUAAUCGUCGUCGGCGCCGGCGUUGCUGGCGCUGCCCUCGCCCUUACCCUCGCCAAGGAGGGAAGACAUGUUCAUGUGAUUGAAAGAGACUUGACGGAGCCAGAUCGAAUCGUCGGCGAGCUUCUCCAGCCAGGAGGGUACCUCAAAUUGAUGGAGUUGGGUCUUGAAGAUUGUGUGGAGGAAAUCGAUGCUCAGCGAGUGGUCGGUUAUGUUCUUUUUAAGGAUGGGAAGAACACUCGGCUGACCUAUCCUCUGGAACAGUUCCACUCCGAUGUGGCGGGGAGAAGUUUCCACAAUGGCCGAUUCAUACAGAGGAUGAGGCAAAAAGCUGCAAAGCUUCCCAAUGUACAACUGGAGCAAGGUACUGUAACGUCCCUGCUUGAAGUAAAUGGGACAAUUAAGGGGGUUCGAUAUAAAACCAAGGAUGGUCAAGAACUUCAAGCGCACGCUCCUCUUACGAUUGUUUGUGAUGGUUGCUUCUCAAAUCUGCGCCGCACUCUUUGCAAGCCUCAGGUAGAAGUGCCCUCUUGUUUCGUAGGAUUAAUCUUGGAAAAUUGCAAACUCCCAUUUGCAAAUCAUGGGCAUGUUAUUCUAGCGGAUCCCUCUCCGAUCCUGUUUUAUCAAAUCAGCAGUACAGAGGUCCGCUGUUUGGUUGAUGUGCCCGGCCAAAGGGUACCUCCCAUUGCCAAUGGUGCAAUGGCUAACUACUUGAAGACUGCGGUGGCUCCACAGGUUCCACCGGAACUUCAUGAUGCCUUUGUUGCUGCAAUUGAUAAGGGAAAUAUUAGAACAAUGCCAAACAGAAGCAUGCCAGCUAAUCCUCAGCCAACUCCAGGAGCCCUUUUGCUGGGUGACGCUUUCAAUAUGCGCCAUCCUUUAACCGGCGGAGGAAUGACUGUGGCACUUUCUGAUAUUGUUGUACUCAAGGAUCUUCUUAAGCCGCUGCGGAACCUACAUGAUGCAGCUUCGUUGUGCACAUACCUAGAAUCCUUUUAUACCUUGCGCAAGCCGGUUGCAUCUACGAUAAAUACCUUGGCAGGUGCCCUAUACAAAGUGUUCUCCACCUCCCCUGAUGAAGCAAGGACGGAGAUGCGCCAAGCUUGUUUUGACUACCUAAGCCUUGGAGGUGCCUGUUCAACCGGACCAGUGGCUUUGCUCUCUGGUCUAAAUCCUUGUCCGUUGAAUUUAGUUCUUCAUUUUUUUGCUGUGGCGGUAUACGGUGUUGGUCGUUUGCUACUACCAUUUCCUUCACCGAGACGCGUGUGGAUUGGAGCUAGAUUACUUUUGAGUGCAUCGGGUAUAAUAUUUCCCAUCAUCAAGGCUGAAGGAGUGAGACAGAUGUUCUUUCCAGCUACCAUUCCAGCUCAUCAUAGAGCUCCUCCUGCCGAGUAAGCUACAGAAAAUGAUGGGGGAGAGCAAGGCAGUGGCAUGCUUCGGACUUGUUGCUGUCAAGAGUCGAGAUAAACCAGUCGGUACCUGCAAAUUCUUUCUUGUUAACGAUAGAUAAAGAGGAAAUCCAAUUGUAUUUUCCCUAAUGAAUUGUAUCAUUAUUUCCAAAUAUGUACAUCUUAUAGUGGUAUGGCUAGAAAAAAGAAAUGUAAAAGUAUAUGUGAGAUGUUUGAAUUGAAAACAAUAUGAAGAAAUAUACGUUACAUAUUUGUGUUA